AUGAACAAAAAGCCAUUAUCGAUUGUUGUGGCUUUGGAUGAUUGCAAUGGUAUCGGUCGUGAUAACACCAUUCCGUGGCAUUUUAAAAACGAUAUGAAGUUCUUCCGUCAUGUUACAUCGAAGAAAAUCGAUCCGAAUAAACAGAAUGCGGUUAUCAUCGGUCGUAAAACCUAUGAAACAUUUCCCAAACCUUUACCGAAUCGAUUGAAUAUUGUUAUAAGCCGCAAUUCAGCAUUACCAAAUACAAACUAUCCCAAUACUACGCGCGUCGAUUCAAUCAACGAUGCCAUUAAACGUGCUCAAGAAGACACGACUAUUGAGAAUAUUUUUAUCGCAGGUGGCGUUUCGGUUUAUGAAGAAGCAAUGAAAACGAACCUUGUUAAGCGUGUAUACGUAACUCGGGUGAAAGGUGAUUUUCAUUGUACGGCUGUUUGGUCGUCGUUUGAUGUGUCGAAUUUCAAACGUAUCAAACCAAUUCCUAUUGAAUAUCAGCAAUUUUUCGAUUGUACCGAUGAGAACCGAGAAGAGAAUGACAAAGCGUCUGUGUGCCAUUUAGAAAUCUAUGAACGAGAUAUUUGA